ACAAUUUUUACGUACGUAAUUAGCUUGACUUUUAUUAUUAAGUUUCAUAUUUAUUUAUAUCAUAUGAUAUGAGUCGUAGAUUUAAUAGAUCAUCAUAGACGUAACGUACCACUUUCCAUUUUAUUAUUACAAACAACCUCCCAAUAAUAAUAUUAUCACAUCACCAAAUUAAACAAAAUGAUGGAAACAGACAAGUUCCCCUUAGCUCCGCCACAAAACUUCAUCCGAAGCGAUCGGGAAGUGUCACACGCAGCCGCGGCGGAAGAUGGGCUCCGCCGUAAGAAGCGGCGGAGACGGAUACAGUCCGCCGCAGCCUUUGUCGUUUUACUAAUAGUUGUCGUUUUGGUCUAUGCUCUUGUCGUUAUUCGAUUCAAAACACCCAAAUUCAGAAUCAGAGAAGCCAUGAUCACGAGCUCACAAAUCAGCAAUUUCACUAAUAAUAAUAACUCAUCAUCAAAUCUUUCGAUGAACUUGAUAUUGGAAGCUGAAUUCACCAUCAAGAACAGAAACUUUGGUCGUUUUAAAUACGAGUCAGGCUCUGUUCUGUUUGCCUACAAAGGAUUUGUGCUUGGCCAGGCUUUUAUCGAUGAUGGUCGAGUCAGGCCAAGGUCAACCAAGAAAGUAAGAGCCGUUGCGGUGCUUAACUCGGCUGGCUUGGGUAGCCAAGCCGAGUCGGAGCUCGGAAGGGAUAUUGGAGCCGGUGUAUUGUCGUUGACCAGUUACUCUGAGUUAGAAGGGAAGAUUCGAGUUGUAAGGGUUAUUAAAAGGAAGAAGUGGCCUAAGCUGAAUUGUACCAUGGAUUUUGUUAUCGCUACUCGAAUGAUCCAGAAUUUGAACUGUUUGUGAUGAAAUACUUUGAGAUUUUCAUCAACUUACAGUAUUUAAUUUAAUUAUGUUAUUGUGUUGUUUUGUUCAUUAUGUAAAUAUUUCAAUCAAUAAGAGUAAAGGUAUGUGCAUACAUAUAUUGUUUGUAA